GCAGAGGUUGUGUAUUGCUGCUGAUGAGAGAGGGAGACAGAUAUAACAGAAACAUCAUCCGUCGAUCAAACAAGACAACAACAACAAGAGCUCGCUAGCUCAUCUAAAACCGCGGAUUUGAGAUUAACGGAUAAAUCGCCAACGAGGGAUUGAGAUAAAAGAGCAUCGCGCUUUAUUCGCGGGAUUAUCGGGUGGUCUUCAUCCCGCUAACAGGCUAAUAACAAGCGCAGGUGGAUGACUCGCGAGACUCGACCUGGAUUUUGGCCUGUUUUUAAGAAAGAUGAAUUGAGGAAUAACACAUCCGCGUCAAACCAAAUUGGAGGAUUUAAUCGACUCUGAAGGGGAAACAGAAACAUCAGAAAUCUUGUUUUUAACUGGAAAAUCAAAUGAGAAGGGGUCGUGUGGGCCAGCUAGUCGGCUAUUGGGUUUACCUCAGAUGUGUAGGAUGUUGAUGCUAACCGCACUGGAACAAUCUAUCAUUUAAGCUUUUUUUUUUAGUAUGGAACAAUGACAGCUGUUUAAAAAUAGUCUGCUGUGCUUAACAUAUGAAAAAGAGAGAUAUGUUAAGCUUUAUUUACUCAGAUUGCUGGGCAAUCUGGUUAAUCUGAGUAAAACGAUUGAAAUCACUGCCUCUUAAUAGGAUAAGCUGUGUAUAACGAGUGUUUAUACAUUAUAACCAGAUUUGAAUACUUAGUAGUUUAUUCCAGAGGAGUGUCAAGCCUCUUAAAUGAUUUGCUUGGUGUUUUUGUAACACUAGCAAGUUAAAGAUUUGAAGUCAAAUCAACCCAAAUGGAAUUUGUGUGAUAUUUGCAAUUAUAUAGCUCUCUAUUUUAUGUAAUUUUCUACUAAGUGUAUAUUUUCAUUAAGAAUAUUAACUAGAAGUACCCUGAAAUAUUGAAGUAAUCCAGUUAAAUUGGAUGGGAGUUAACAUGCUUUUGAGAACACUUGUGUUAAAUGGAUUAGAUGGAUGCAAAACAGGGAAGUAGACUCAACUUUUAUUUAUGGAGAGGUUUGCAUAUUGGAAAAAAAAGUAUCACCGCUCACAUGGAGCUGAGCUACAACAGUGAAACCUUAUCCUUGUGUCCGCAAAUGUAAACAGUAGUUGAUCAUUUACAGGGAGGUGGACGCUUACGCAUGGGUCUCGACAAGGAUAUUUCUUUUGGUGCGUAUGCUGGAAGAGGUCACCAUUCGCUUUUGAAUUCCGAACAUUAUUACCUUGUAGGAUCAUAACAAAGGACUGGAAUUUCUGGAAUAUUUCCAUUUGACAGAGAGAGCUCGUCUCUUCAAUGGAGCAAGUUCUCUCCAGCCCUCAGGGGUGUUCUGAGUGGGAGGUGAGCGGGAAAACGGAGUGGGAAUCUGAUCAGAAUCCUCUGGGAUUUCUCCUUGUGGAUAAAGAUAACAGUUCUGUUGCUGAUUCUACUAAGGAAAUUUUUCAGGAGAAUGCCAUAAACCUAGAUGACUUAUUUUGGGCGUCUCAGACGUAUUCCUGGGAAAAUGGUCUGGAUUGUGUUUAUCCUGAAUGGAAGGCUCAACCUCCUCCUUCCCAAGAUCUCAAAGGAGACAGUGAUUCUGGAAUUCCAGAAGUUGUUGAAGGAGAUCUCAUCUGUUUUAAUUCUAGAUCUGCUAGUCCUACGUUGGCAGACAGACCCGUGCAGGAUCAAAACAACCUUUAUGACCAUGCUAAACAGGUGGAGGUUACUGCCACUUCAGGCACUUUAGAUGUGUGCACAGGUGAGCUGGGCAUUAACGCCCCCACUCUUCAGACUGACAAAACAUUAUUACAAGAAACACACCUUAUGCUUGAAGAGUCGCAUUUAACAAACUGUGAGUUCAGUUGUAAUUCUGGUGUGGAAAACGAAAACAGUCAGAACUUGCUUCCACAUGGGACUCAUGUCACGCUGGAAUCUGAAGGUUUGUUAGCGGUUUCUCCUGUGGAGGUGUCUUUUGUGGAUACAAACUCAAAUCCCAAGCCUUCAACUAUUUGUCCGGCACCUCCGUCAGCAUCUGAACACAUCUACCUCUCAUCCUCAGCCCUUCCCUGUGAGCCUGUCUUUCCGAUGACAUGUACAAAGCCACAUGUUCCGCCAUUUCACGAGGGUAGUGCAACACUUCCAAUGGAUGAGGUAGAGAUGAUGUUACCCAAAUUUCAAGGUGAAGGGAAGAGUAGUAAACCUUUAGCGAGUAACAGGACGCAUGAGCCACAAAGCCAAGAUGCUAACACAGACACAAAACAUCUAUCAGUUUGUCCAUUAAGAGAGUCUGACAUUACACCUGAACAUUGUGAGGAUAUGUUGCAUGAGUUGUCAACAAAAUGCUCAGUGGAAAUGGUUGAAGAAGAGGUAAAUAAGGAGUCUGUGUCGAGCAACACAACUAAUACUGCUUUUUAUAAAGCUAAAACAGAACUUUGUGAAGAAUUAUCAUCUACAGAAUGCACAUUCGGUGUAUUAUUGGAAACAGUCGGUGAAGACGUGAAGGAGGAAGCUGCGUCGGACUCUAGAACGGAUCAUGUUUUUUCUGAAACUCAAAAAGAUCUUGCACCAGUUGCUUUAAUCGAUUUACAAGCAGAAGAUCCUUCAGCUGAAAGCUUGCCUUGGGAAAAUGGACAAGAGGAGUCCAAAUCAGCCUUACCGGCCAGCAAACCUGAGCAUAAUGCCUUAUUUGAGCUCUCAUCAGGAAAUGUUGUGUCAUCCGAGAACCACAGCCAGUCAACAUUCUCAGCUCAGACUCAAGCCUUAUCUGAGGUCCACCAUGAUGGAGACCUUACUCCCGAUGGCAUGUUAACAGACAGCAUUGUUUGCGAAGCUGUGAAAUCUAUAGACUCUGUAAUUCCGUCUCUAACAGAUUCAAAUGAACUCACAAAACAGGUGGACUGUGAUGCAGAUUCACAUGAUUUUGAAUCCGAUGCACUUACACUUGAAUUUCAGAAUAAUAUGGCUUGUGUUCAGACUGGCAGCAUUGACAAUAACCCUGAGGAAAUGGAGAAACAACACUCAAAAACAAUAGGUGAUACAGAGAUUCCAGACACAUUCUUAGAUUUAGAGAUCUUGGAUUUACAUCAAAAUCAACAAGAUUUAAAAAGUCAGUCGGAAUAUUUGCAGUAUGAUUUAGUCCAUGACAACAGUCAGGAGUCAAAGGCAAAAACCAAACCAUGUAAGGAGCAAAUCAAUGCUCAAAACAAAGAAAACACACUUGUGGAAGAUCUCGCUCUUGUGGACCAACUGAAAGACUCUUUGAUCACGAAAUUAAGUGCAAUUGCAUGUGAUGAUAAAUGUGAAGAAAAUCUAACAGGUCAUGAUAUGGUGCAAAAUGUCAAAGCCAAACCUCCAACAGAUUCAGUUGAACUCUCAAAACUGGUGGGCUGUGAUGCAAAUUCACAUGAUUUUGAAUCCAAUGAACUUACACUUGAAUUUCAGAAUAAUGUACAGACAGGCAUUGUUGACGAUAACCCUAAGGCAAUGGAAAAAGAGAUUCCAGACACACUAAUGGAUUUAGAGAUAUCAGAUUUACAUCAAGAUCACCAAACAACUGAUUUAAAAAGUCAGUUGAAAUAUCUGCAGAAUAAUUUAGUCCAUGACAAGAAUCAGGAACCAAGAAUUGACCCCUGUCAGGAACAAAGCAAUGCAAACCCACUUGUGGAAGAUCUCGCUUUUGUGGACCAACUGAAUGACUCUUUGACCACAAAAUCAAGUGCUAUUGCAUUCGAUAAUAAAUCUGAAGAAAAUUUACUAAGUCAUGAUACGCUGCAGGAUGUCGAAGCCAAACCAACAGAUUCAUUUGAAUUCACAAAACUGCUCGACUGUGAUGCAAAUUCACAUUAUUUUGAAUCUGAUGCACUUACGCUUGAAUUUCAGAAUAAUGUGACAAAUAUACAGACAGGCAGCGUUGACGAUAAUCCUAAGGCAAUGGAAAAAGAGAUUCCAGAGACACUAACAGAUUUUAUGAUCUCAGAUUUACAUCAAAAUCAACCGGCAACCAGUUUCAAAAGUCAGUCAGGCUAUUUGCAGAAUGAUUUAGUCCAUGACAAGAAUCAGGAACUAAUAAAUGGCGCCUGUCAAGAACAAAUCAGUGCUCAAAACAAAGAAAACUUUGUGGAAGAUCUCGCUCUUGUGGACCGCCUGAAUAACUCUUUGGCCAUGAAAUCAAGUGCAAUUGCAUUCGAUAAUAAAUCUGAAGAAAAUUUACAGAGUCAUGAUACUCUGCAGAAUGUCAAAGCCAAACCUCCAUCAGAUUCAUUUGAAAUCACAAAACUGGUGGACUGUGAUGCAAAUUCAUAUGAUUUUGAAUCCGAUGCGCUUACAGUUGAAUUUCAGAAUAAUCUCACAUAUAUUCUGACAGGCAGCGUUGACAAUAACCUUGAGACAUUGGAGAAACAGCACUCAAAAACAGUUGAUAAUACAGAGAUCCUAGACACACAAAUGGAUUUGGAAAUCUCAAUGGAUUUACAUCAAAAUCAACAAGAAACCGAUUUAAAAAGUAAGUUGGAAUAUUUGCAGAAUGAUUUAGUCCAUGACAACAAUCAGGAGCCAAAAAAUGACCCCUGUCAGGAACAAACCUAUGAUCAAAACAGAGAAGAAACACUUGUAGAAGAUCUCGCUCUUGUGGACCCCCAGAAUUACUCUUUGACCGCAAAAUCAAGUGCAAUUGCAUUCGAUAAUAAAUCUGAAGAAAAUUUACCAAGUCAUGAUACGCUGCAGGAUGUCGAAGCCAAACCUCACAGUGUGACUUUACAGGGAGGGGAGAGAUCAGAUUGCAGGUCACCAACUCGGAAUCAAGUCAUACCUCAUUGUGCAAGUAAUCCUGAUUCUUUAGAGUCCACUCCCUUUACCUGUACAGAUGAUCAGCUGACCGUGACGGGUGGACCUGCAGGGCUGGAUCUCUCAGAGACUUCUAGCCAAUCAGGUGAAGCUUCAGGAGAGGGAGAGGCGGAGUAUCCUACUCUGCUUACACAUCAGGAGGAUUUCCAUCAACUGACACCAUCGGAGAUAAACCUGGCACAAGAGCAACAAGUGAGCUCAGUUGUCCCCGGCUCUUCUCCCUCACACAGAGAUGUCUUUCCCUGUGGAGCCAGCCUGGAUGGAGAGGCCUACCUGACCUUUAUGGAGAAUAAUCCUGAUACUCUCAAACAUGCAGAAAUGACUCUGGAUCUGUGCAAGGCCUCAGAUGCUCUGCCGACCAAAUCACUCCAAAUUGCGCCUGUGGAUUUGAUUCAUGUGCCUAUAGUUUCUGCAACAGCCCAUAGAAGCGAGGAGCAGUCAGCUCUCAGAGCAGUUUUCCAGGCUUUGGAUCAGGACGGCGAUGGAUUUGUUCAUAUUGAGGAGUUUAUAGAGUUCGCAAAAGCCUACGGAGCCGAACAGGUGAAGGAUCUGACGCGGUUUUUGGAUCCCAGCGGACUGGGUGUGAUCAGUUUUGAGGAUUUCCACAGAGGCAUCAGUGCAAUCAGCAAUGAAGGUUCUGAUCCAGAGCUCUACAAGACUCAUUUCAGCACAGUGGAAGCCAGUGGACCUCCAGAGGAAUAUGACGAGCAGGCGGAGGUCUCUGACAGUGCUUAUCUGGGUUCAGAGAGUGCCUACAGCGAGUGUGAAACCUUCACAGACGAGGACACGACGGCUCUCGUCCAUCCAGAGCUUCAUGAAGAUGUGGAGACAGACAGCGGCAUUGAAAACACGCUCACAGACGGAGAUGACCGCAACAGGUUCACGUUGGGCUCUGAUUUGAAUGGGCACACCGUGGUGGCUGUGAUUGGAGGAGAGGAGGAGCACUUUGAAGAUUUCGGCGAGAGCAACAACACCUCAGAUCUGCUGCUGGCCAAUCAGGAGGAGGGAAGGGCAGGGCCAGAUGGGGAGGGAGAUGCAGAGCCACUCCCUCACUCAGACAGCCCUCUGUCCCGCCCACUGAUGCUGCUCUCUCCAAGCCCCAGCUCUUUCCCUGCUAGCUUCCAGAGUUUCCUUCAGUCGGAGGCGCUGGAGUUUUUCUGCACUCACUGUCAUAAGCAGAUCAGUCGUCUGGAGGAUCUGUCCACGCGGCUGCAGCUGCUAGAGAUGAAUAGCUCCAGCAAGAGGCUGUCCAGUAAGAAAGCUGCAAGACACUUACAGCAGUCCAACAACCUGGAUGUCAUGGGAGAUCUGACUCAAGACAUUUUGGACCUGGCCGAUCGUGACAUCACAGACAAGGUGUUGCUGCUGGAGAAGCGUGUGUGUGAGCUGGAGAAGGACUCUCUGGAGAGUGAAGAGCAACAUGCACGCUUGCGUCAGGAAAACCUCAGUCUCGUGCACCGCGCAAACGCUCUGGAGGAGCAGCUGAAGGAGCAGGAGCUGCGCACCGAGGAGGACUUACUCGCUCAAACCCGGAAACACAGAGAUGCGCUCAACAAACUCCAGCGGGAGAGAGAUCUGGAGAUCGAGAACCUCCAGGCCAGGUUGCAUCAGUUGGAUGAGGAAAACAGCGAGUUGAGGUCAUGUGUUCCCUGUCUGAGAGCCAACAUCGAGAGACUGGAGGAGGAAAAGAGGAAGCUUCAGGAUGAGGCAGACGACGUCACGCAGCGCCUAAAUGAAGAAAGCGAAUCACGCAGGAAGAUGUCCGACAAGCUGAGCCAUGAACGACACACCAACCAGAAGGAGAAAGAGUGCACUCAGGGGUUGAUAGAGGACUUGAGAAAGCAGCUGGAACACCUGCAACUGUUCAAGUUGGAGACUGAAGCGAGAAGAGGCCGAUCUUCCAGUAACGGCCUGCAGGAAUACAACACACACAUGAGGGAGAACGAACUGGAGCAGGAGAUACGCAGACUCAAACAGGAUAACCGCAGUCUGAAGGAGCAGAACGACGAGCUGAACGGUCAGAUCAUCAACCUGAGCAUCCAGGGAGCAAAGAGCCUUUUUACAGAGUCUCUGUCCGAAUCACUCGCUGCUGAGAUCAACAACGUCUCCCGCGCUGAGCUGAUGGAGGCCAUCCACAAACAGGAGGAGAUCAACUUCCGUCUGCAGGACUACAUCGACCGCAUCAUCGUCGCCAUCAUGGAGUCCAACCCCUCCAUCCUGGAAGUCAAAUAAUCCCAUCUAUGAACUAAAGCAGGAGGCGAGAGGAGACCACCAAUCCAAUCACCAUGUUGAUCAGAUUAUUUAACGAUUCAGAGCCUUGUAGGAAUGAAUGUGUGUGUAUUUUGGUGGUUUACGAGGACACAAAUUUGUAUCAUGACCUAGAUAUUACAAUGUUGAAGUGGUUUAUGAGGACAAGUGCGCUGAAAUUGUUGCGAACAGUUUAUAUAAGCUGAAUUUAAACAAACAAAUUAAGUUGAACAUCACUACAUUGUAUUAGUUUGUUUGAAUUCAGCCCAUAUCGAUUGUUUACAACCACUUACCCUAAGUAAAUCCAAUGAAUCAUUUUUUUCAGUGUGUCCUUGUAAUUCAAAACUGUUUAAAGGCAUAUUCACGUGGUCUUUUCACAUUCAAAAUUUGUCACGGGUUACUUGUAAGAGUUGGGUUUGGAGGUAAGGCCAUAUUAUCAUACCUGCCAACACUCCCGUUUUUCCUAGGAGUCUCCCGUAUUUCAGACCCAUCUUCCUCCACCCUCCCGUUUUGUUAUUUGUCUUGGAAAAAUUAACCUGGAAAUUCCACCCCCCUUCCCCCGAUCCUCAGCUUUUUUCUGUAACACCCCGGGUUGCAACUUUGCUAUAGUAUCCAAUCGCCAUUGCCGCACAAAACCCGGCCUAUAGUACAGUUACUAAAGGCUGGUUUAUACUUCUGCGCCUGCCUUGCUCAUAGUCGUGCAUAUAUACUUCUGCGUGCUGUUUGUGUUGCUCUGCAAUAGCACUUCCGACACACUAGCUGGCGGUAGGUGUUCAUGUUCCUCUGUGUCGAGUUUCUUCGUGGGUGUUUUGUUUUUUCCGAACGCUACCUUAAUGUACAAGUUGCUAAAACUCACUCAUUCAGAGGUGGGAAUUGGCGGACAUGCAACAGCUUUAAUUCUAAGUUAAACACAAAACAAAAGUUUCCACCUGGAGCUCCUUCACAGGACUCGACACUUGUAAACACUCGCUCCAUUGGGUUCACGCGGCUCUUGGUCCCACCCACACUCAUUACCGCUACCAAGCUGAUCAAUCACAGAGCUUGUGCUACACGUUGUUGUUGUUUAGUUACAGUUUUUGAGAUGUGCACAUCAGCAUCGGCUUCAGCCACGGUGAGGGCUAUGCAAAGGUUGUGCCGGAGCAUACGCGUACGCUUGACGCAGAUGUAUAAACCAGCCUUAACACCACAAACAUCAGCGCAUCAAGCACAUGCAUAUGCACACGCAACGACGUGUAGCUCAAGCUGUGUGAUUGGUCAGCUUGGUAGCAGUGACAAGUGGGUGUGGGACAGAGACCAGUGCGAACCAGUUGGCGCGAGUGUUUACAAGUGUCGAGUCCCGUGAAGGAGCUCCAGGUGUUCACUGCUGUUUUGUGUUCACCUUAUGAUUAAAGAUGUUGCACGUCCGCCGAUUCCUGCCUCUGAAUGAGCGAGUUUGAGCUACUUGUACAUUAUUGUAGCGUUCAGAAAAAACAAAACUUCAGCAAAGAAACUCGACACAGAGGAACAUACUGUAAGCACCUACUGCCAGCUAGUGUUUGGGAAGUGUUAUUGCAGAGCAACACAAACCGCAUACAUAAGUAUGAAUACACGACUACGAGCAAGUCAAGCACCGUGGGUCACACUGAUCAAGGCUAAUUUAUACUUCUGCAUCAACUGAUUGGUGUUUUGUUAUUUCUGAACGCUACAAGUGGCUCAAACUCGCUCAUUCUGAGGUGGGAACCGACGGAUGUGCAAUAACAUUAAUCAUAAGGUAAACGCAACACAAAAGUCUCCAUCCGGAGCUUCUUCACGGGACUCGACACUUGUAAACACUUGCUUCGUCGGGCUCGUGGGUCUCAACACCACCCACACUCAUCACCAAUACCAAGCUGACCAAUCACAGAGCUUGUGCUACACAUCGUUGCGACGUGUAGUUACAUUUUUUAGAGGUGUCAGCCCGGACCAUAUGCAUGCGAUUGACAUAGAAGUAUAAAUCAGCCUUUACUCAGACAAACCAUCCCCCAUUCCUCCCCGUUCUCCCAGAAUUUCAGAGACAAAUGUUGGCAGGUAUUCAUAUCAUAAGUGGCUUUUACAGUAUGAAAUACAUCACGCCUAUGGAAAGUCCUUAUAAAUCACCAAAACCAGUGUGUGUGUGUUACCUACCUGUCUUUCGGUUCCUGUGACUUCCCUGCGUCUUGGGAUUGAGGUGCCCAUUCCUUCUGUGUGUAUUGUGUGUGUGUGUGUGUGUGUGUUCACGAUUCAUCCAAUGAAUUUUGAGUGCAAGAUCUGAGUUACCAGUGUAUUUCUGGGUAACACAGUCACACCGUUAGCCCGUGUGAGGGACAUUUGCUGACCUGAGGGUUGAGCGUGUGCAUAUAUUUUAGCUCGUAAAUGAGUUCAGUUUGUCACUUUCGCUUGUUUUUCUUAUUUAUUACGAUGAUGCGGAACGCAAAGGAUCAUUAGAGGCCGAUGCCCACUAGAGGAGUGUUGCUUUGUGGGUAAAGGUAAACGAUCCUGUGCGAUUUCUCGCUGAGGAUUUUCAUCUGUCGCCUCCUGUGCUGAAUUUUAGCGCAGAACUCACUGGAAAUGUUCAUUGCACUCUGAUUUAAUUAUUUUGAGAAACUAUUGUUUGCUAUUUAAAAAAAACAAUCGUUUAAAAGAAAAUGAAGUGAAGUCUGGACACUCAAGCACUGAAGGGAAACGGACACAAAACCUUUAAAGUGUAAAAAACAUGCUUUUUCUUGCGCUUCAUCUCUCUCUCUGAUGAGGUUGGAUGUAAAUAUCACUUCGUUUGGUUUUUUUGUUGAUCAUUUUGGACAUUUUAAUGGACAGAAUGUUUGAUUUGUCUUCCACUUGACUGAUCUCUUUUUCCUGGACUUUCAUCUCAGACAAGCAUGUUUGAUUUUCUCUCCGACUUUAUUUUAAAAUGAGUUCAAAUGAAAGAUGAAACUCAAUCCUUCCUCUUUUUACAUUUGGGGGGCUAAAGCUCACUCUUUUCACAUUCUCCUUUCUUCUGAGUUGAGUAUUUGGGUUUUUAUUGCGUCCGAUCAGCUCCUGACGAACAUUUGAGGACAUCUCUGCAGUCUUCACAGCGAUGGCACUGCUGUCGCAUCCAUACGGCUGUUUAAGAGCUACUGUAAUUACACUGAUGGACAUUAAAAUGCAGGAACGUGGCUUCUGUGAACUUCCGCCGACUGUCUUGUUCCUUCAUUUCCUUAUGGAGUCAAUAAGGGAAUCUGACCUGAACUACCGCUCUUGAUCUGAUGCUCAACAGCUAGAUUAUGAAAACAUUUCCAGUGUCCAAAGACCACAUUUCACUGCUUAGGAGGAGUUCUGCUUGCCACUUAGACUUUAAAAGGCUAAUAAUAGUUAUAAAUACAUGUUAAUAAAAGAAAACGGACUCCUUAAUGAAGGAUACAACUGUAUAAAGGAUGUUUAAUUGUUAAGGUUACUGUAUAAAUGAAAAGAUAUCAGUAUUGUCUUCUGUUGAAUGUUUUGCUUUUCUUUUUGAAGAUGCCCCCUCCUAAGAUGUAUCUUUUACUGUUCGGGGUCUUAUAGAUUUUCAGAUAACUGUAUGAAGGGUAAAAGAAAAGUGAAAAUAAAAUUAGUCACCAAUAA